UGGCGACCAAGGUGGAAAGCACAUGAUAAUUUACUGUCAUUGAAACUUUAUUUGGUUCCUAUGAAAUUAAGAGUGCUUAGCUCCUAACACAGUCGUUACAGCGAUGGGUAGUGUGUUGGCGACAGGACCACAGCCCGUGGUUUCACCUCCUGUCGGUGCCCCUCCGCCACCGAUGUCAGCUAAUCCUUCAAUCGUACAGGAUGACCCAAGUCAUUCCGCUGGUGAACAGGGUAUUGUAAGUGACAAGGAGGUGGAAUCAAGCAACACUCUUAACCCUGGCACAUUCGAGGACCUCCACAAAAAAUGCAAAGAUGUGAUGCCUUCCGUUUUCGAAGGAGCAAAGUUGUUAGUAAAUAAAGGGCUCAGUAGCCAUUUUCAAAUUAGCCAUACUAUCAGUAUGGGCAGUGUACAGCCCAGCGGUUACAGAUUUGGUGGCACUUAUGUUGGAACAAAACAGUACUCUCCGGCAGAGGCUUUUCCAAUACUUAUCGGAGAUGUUGACCCAAGUGGAGAUCUCAAUGCUAACAUUAUUCAUAGACCUUUUCCAAAUCUACAGUGUAAGCUAGCAGCACAGAUUCAGAAGUCGAAGUUUGUGGCACAACAAUUAACAACAGACUAUAAAGGAUCGGAUUUCACUGCAUCGUUGACGCUAGGAAAUAUAGAUGUAAUCACUGAGUCGGGCGUGAUAGUGUGCCAUUACCUGCAACGUGUAACGGAUAGACUAGCCAUGGGCGCUGAGUUAGCGUAUCAGUACGGCCAGGCCGUCCCCGGAACACAGAUUGGAGUGCUCAGCGUUGGAGGCAAAUAUACCGGUGAUAAAUUCACAGCGAGUGGACAGAUAGGUGGCGCCGGCGUGCACGCGUGCUACUGGCACAAGGCAAGUGAUCAGCUACAGGUGGGGGUUGAGCUCGAGGCAAACCUGCGGAUGCAGGAGAGCGUGGCCACCAUCGGUUACGAGAUAGACAUGCCAAAGGCCAACGUAGUCUUCAAAGGUAUGUUCGACAGCAACAUGCAGGUAGGAGCCGUUCUGGAGAAGCGACUACAGCCGCUCCCCUUCACCUUCGCUCUCAGCGCCAUGAUGAACCACCAGAAAAACAUGACACGGGUCGGCAUCGGCCUCAUCCUCGGUUGAGCUGCGAGCUCGCGACCACUAGCGCCACCUGCUGGACCAACACGCUGCUCCGCCGCCGCAGUUCCUCUGCGCCGUACGAAAUCGCGGGAUUUUGUUUGGUAUGCGGCCCACGUCGAUAACGGUUUUCAGAAUGAAGUUCUGAAACAAAAUUAUUGACUGCGUUGGAAUAUUUUACGGAGGAGGUGCCAGAUGGAGCUAUGCAGAACAACCGGAGAGAGUAAUAGAGACUGAAAUUGAAUUCGUGCAUGAAGUAGCGUGGCUCCAGUUAAGCAGCCAGGACAGUGGAAUAAUUGUAAUAAUUGGUUUUAGGCGAAUAAGCUGUAUCAAUAGAACCUGCAUGAUCUAGACAGUUGCAGUCACCAUAGAUGGUUAGUGAUCGAGAACUCCAAUCAUUACCGUUUCAAGAAACUCAGUGCUCAGGAUAAAGGCUCGUGAUGCGUGGUGUAUAUUCAGCAGGGCUGCGUAUCUCUGUACUAUUUCGUCAACCCGUAAGAUGAGCGAAGUGUGUCGCUAUGCGUCUGAGAGAAUGCUAUCACUAUCGUAUCGCUUACGUCUGUAUAUCUGUGUUAUCCAUGUCCUCCGUCGGUCGCGCUAUGCACAGGUCUGAACGAAAACUAAUAAAAAAUUCAUUAAUCCAUGCAAGAUAGAUAGUCCAGUAUGUGCUGCCGAAACCAUCCAGUUUAAGUGAAGAUAGUUAUUGUUCUAGCAUAACAUUGUUGUAAACUUUUACUAUUAUGUACUGUAGUUUUAAUAAUUAAAACUGGCACUACAAGUGUUUCUGAAA